AUGACGUUCUGGAGGCCCAGGUUAACGCUCUUGCUUUUGAUUGUGAUCAGCCUGGUACUGCAUGUCUUGAUUGCUCUGCUGCCCAUUCAGGAGCUGAGUGGUCAAGAAAAGUGUGCUCAUCACCCACAGACUGCUGGCCAGAACAUUCCUCUGCUCCCGAACCAACCAGUGACGAAGAGCAAGCUGUCAAAGACAAACCGAGAACUUCAGAAUUAUGCCAGCACCAGGACAUCAAGCCGCAGAUCUCAAUCCCUAGAAAUGGUGGUGGAUUCAAAUGGCAAGAGCCAGGCAUUCCAUCAAAAGAAACAUACACAGUCAGGCUUUAGUAUGGAUAGUAAGCCUCAGAGCGAGCACUUAAAGUCAAACAUCUCUAAACUGACAGCACUGUUUCAACAUCCGCUGUACAACAUCCCAAUCCCACCGUUGACACCAGACGAUCAGCUCUUCUCUGAGAACUCAGCAGAAAAGUUCAAUCCAAAAAUCAGCGACAGUGAUGGCUGGUUACGGCUUCUUCACCACCCUGUUUACCUGUGUCGACACUUCAGGGAUCAAUGGACGCUUCAAAAACAUGGCGGGACCCAGCUGAAGUUGACAAUAACGUUGGAGGAUCAUGGCAAGGCUUUGUUUAAACCAAUAAAGCAGACCCGGGAAGAGGAAACCUCUGUCAACCUGUUCUACUUUUCGGAUUUUGAACGUCACAAUGCGGAGAUUGCUGCCUUUCACUUGGAUCGAAUUUUAGGUUUCCGAAGAAUUCCUCCAGUUUCAGGUCGUUUGGUCAAUGUGGUGAAGGAGAUCAGAGAGCGGACAUUUGACAAACACCUCGAGAGGACUUUCUUCAUCUCGCCCGCGAACAAUGUUUGUUUCCAUGGUGAGUGCUCCUAUUACUGUGACAUGGAACAUCCUCUGUGUGGAAAACCAGAGCUGAUGGAGGGCUCAAUGGCUGCCUACCUGCCUGAUGUGAGACUCGCUAAACGCCUCUCCUGGAGGAAUCCCUGGAGACGCUCCUACCACAAGAGUAAGAAGGCCAAGUGGGAGGUGAACCCCUCUUACUGCGAUCAUGUUCAGAAAACACCGCCUUACAAACAUGGCAGCCGACUGCUGGACGUGAUCGACAUGACCGUCCUGGACUUCCUGACGGGAAACAUGGACCGACAUCACUACGAAACAUUCCAGAAAUUUGGAAAUGAGAGCUUCAUCCUUCACUUAGACAACGGUCGAGCGUUUGGACGGCAUUCUCAAGAUGAACCGUCGAUCCUGGCCCCUCUCAGACAAUGCUGCAGGAUCCGCAGAGGGACAUUUCUCCGGCUGCAGCUUUUGGCCACUGACCACUACAAGUUGAGUGAUGUGAUGCGGGAGUCUCUGCUGAGUGACCGCCUGGAGCCGAUCCUGAGUGAGCCUCACUUCACAGCUCUGAACCGCAGACUGCACACCAUCCUGCAGACCGUCAGAGAUUGUCUCCAGCAGCAGGGUGAACACAAGGUCCUGCACAAUGAGCAGGGAGCAUGGCGUGUCAGUCACUAACACAGUGAGGGUAAUGCUCACCGGGACGGGGUAAGGGCUUUCUGUUUACACUCUGUCUACCCCACAGAGUGAACCAGAGCCCGGACACACAGUUAAUCUGUCUUGCAGCUCUCUCAUUGCAUCAUUAAACACACCAUCACCCCACACACACCCCAAAACUCCCCGGCCCCAUAUUCCCAACCCCAUUUCCAGUAAUCCCUGUCUCUCACACCCCAUGUAACCCCCUGCCCCCAACCCCUGUCCAUUUCUGUCACUCCAUCUCAGGCUCUGGAUCCUUCCCCCAAACUGGUUAGUAGCAGCCUGCCACAUUGUGUGACCCCGCUCCAUCAGCAUCACCCAGCCGACUCUCCAACCCAGGACCGACACACUCAGAUAAAUGCUGGGGUGGAAGCACACAGGAAUCUCUGGAUUUCAGCAGCAACAUCACAGUUGAACUCAAAAUAAAAUUUGGUUUGUGUUACUGU